AUGAUAUGUGACCCAGGCGUGAUAAAAUUUGCAGAACUACUGCAAUGCGAGGCCUCGAAUGCGGCAUCUCGCUACCACUGGGUGUUCUUCGUGUAUGGCCCCCAGCUUCAUUCUGGGUACUCCUCCAUUCAAUGGGCUGCCAGGCCGGAAGGGUAUUAUGUCCGCAAGGGGCCCUUUGGAUGGCGCCCUUCCUUCAACUGGCGCUCUCGCCGCGCCACUCGCAAGUGGCUCGUCGGGUUCUAUUUGGAUGUAACCAGCCCUGCCUUAGUGGGCUGUCGGCGGGAUGGGGCACCUGGGUACUCGGGAGGCCGCAUGUGCGGCAGCGUGAGCGCUCCCCCCCGGGGACCUAGAUCGCCUCGCCCCCGGGGGAGGUUGCUUGCUCCGAAGACUGCGGAGAGUGCGAAUUCCCAAUGCUCCAAGUCACGCUACCUUGUGGUCAUGUUCAAGAAAUGGUUCCAUGAUACGAUUACGCAAGCCUCUUCCCCGAUGCGAGCACAGCGCGGAGGUGUUGUGCUACCAGAAACCGGCAUCCAUACAUUGCAGCGAACCUUGCAGAGGCGCAUUAGCCUGCUGCUCCAACGCCUGUAUCCAAUCGAAUUACUCGCACGACACACGUUCCUCAUCCCUGUGAACGCUACUUAUAUUGUCGACACGAGUGUGGGCGGUCAUGCUCGCAAGAUCACCACUGCAGCUCGUCCUGCCGACAGGCUUGCCGGCAACAGUGCGUCCAUCACCAGUGUUCGAGACCUUGUUCCGAGCCUUGUGUACCCUGUAUGGCGCAAUGCGCUUGGUCAUGUGCACAUCAUAAAUGUCCAGUCGUAUGUGGUUCAAUCUGUACACGCCUUCCCUGUGAUCAGCCAUGUCCGAAAUCACUCCGAUGCGAUCACUCCUGUCCGUCUGCGUCGCCUGGAGGAGAUCAAUCUUCAGUCGCACGACACCAGCAAGCGACUGCUCACCCUUCGAUGCGGUCAUAUAUUCACGGUUGAGACGCUAGACGGACACUGCAAUAUGUCCGAAUAUUACGACGUCGAUUCUACGGGACAUUUUGUUGCAACAAAGGCACCACCGGGUCCCAUAACCGCAUUGCGUUACGGAAGGGUGACGAAGCGCGCAACGCUCGACAUUCUGGAACAGAAUGUGGCAAGCAGCAUGUCUCACGCGCUCGACGGAGUCUCCUCUAGGAUAUGCGCGUUCAUCCCCCAAGUAGAGAACAUGCAAGCAGCCGCGAGUGGGCUGAGGAGUUUCGUAUACACCACUUCCGAACCGUCUGCCGAGCGCAGCACGGAGGGGAGACCGACAGAACCGCUUUCCCCGAGUCUUCUCAUGCCUGCCGCGAUGCAAUCCAUCCAUGGGCUCUCUCGCUUCGAGGCGGAGGCCUGGCACACAAUCAUUGCCGGCCUCGAAGACGUGUAUCGACAAACCGUGGAGGUGGCCACAACCCGAGGCGCGCAUGCCAAAGCGUAUGAGGCUGCCUGGACCACGCUCUACCGACUCGAGCUGGACAUCAUCGCUAGGAAUCCCGGGAGCACUUGGGAUGCACCAGAGCACCGCGCAAUGGAGGGCGUAAAGACCAAGAUCGGGCAGCCGCCGUACAAAGCCGACACGCGAUUCCAAGUCGAAGCGUACAUCCUCUCCCUUGAAGUGCGCUUCAUGCUUGCCCAGAUUGCCACGAGCCGUGUCGAGGCGCUCCGACUGAGCGCUGCAAGCCAGGAAGCAGUCAAGCACUAUCGACUGUGGUUGUCCUUCGUCGAGUUCGUACUCAAUUCCUGCAGCGCUGAUGCACGCAAAGCGGUGGGCAUUGCGCGAAAAUCGUCUGCCUCUCGCCAGCUGGCGCGAUGCACCGUAUACGUCAUACGAUCCGUCUUCGAGCUGUUUCGGAUCCGUCUCCUUGAGGAACGAGGCCGUCUUCUCAGGCUCGGUUCCUACGCACAGCCGGAGAGACAUAAUCUGGCGAACACAGUCAGGAUUAAUGCGACGAAGAUGGAGACUGCACUAGAGAAGCAUAGACAGGAAUACAUUCGUAGUCGCCCUUCGCAGAACAUGGAGGAACUGAAGAAAGAAGGUAUAUGGUUCCAGGACAACUGUGCCCGUAAGGUGCACUGCUGGCUGCAGGAAUGCAAACAGCUCGAAGAGUAUUUGCUUGUCGAUAGCCCGUACCAGCUAUUGUCUCUACAAGAGAAAGAAGAUAUAGUCAGGGCAUUCAACUUCUCACAUAGAGGCCAUUUUUACAACUGCGAGAAUGGACAUACAUUCGUCAUCACUGAGGCAUCAAAUACGAGAGCGACAGACUUCGAGACUAUCGCGGGGCAACAAGGUGCCCUGCCGGGUGCAUGGGGCUGGACGAGGGAUGCAUGA